AUGUUAAGUGCCAAAGCGAAGAGGGCUUCCGUACAGGCAGCAGAGCAGCUUGCGGUUCGACUUGAUGGGGAAGGACAAGAGGCUGCCUUAUACAGUAUUGACCUCGUCCAGGUGGGGACCCAAAGUCCCCUGCAGAAACCUCCGCUCCCAGCGUCGUCGGGGACCCUUAGAGCUCCCAUUGGGCAUGCACCAGUGCGCUGCCCUUGCAAACUCCGCCGCCGCCGCUUUGCCAGGCAUUUUGGCGCAGCAUUAGAAAAUCUCCGUCGUAAAUUCCCCCUCGAAGUCUCGACUGUGCCGUCGGUUGCGCCCCUGCGCUCCUCCUCCGAAGCGCGUCGCACUUGCUGCUCCAUGGAGCGCCCGCGGCUGGAAGCUCAGUGCUACCGAAACGGGGACUGCCACCCCGGACGCCUCCUCGGGGGCUCGAGCGAGCUGGCGGCUGGAGGCGGCGGCAGCAACCCCUGCGAGAUCCGGAGGCCGGCGGCAAAGCACCCGCGCCCGCCGUCGGACAAAGGCAGCCGGGCCCGGGAAGGCGAGGAGCGGGAAGAGAGGGAUGGGCUGCCUGCCCUGGAGGUUGCGUACGCCACCAUCCUGGAGAACCUGGGCGAGGACCCGGCCCGGGAAGGGCUGCUGCUCACGCCCCGUCGGGCCGCCAAGGCCAUGCAGUUCCUCACCAAGGGCUACCGCGAAACCGUCGGAGACAUACUCAACGAUGCAGUUUUCGAUGAGGACCACGACGAGAUGGUGAUCGUGAAGGACAUUGAUAUGUUUUCCCUCUGUGAACAUCACUUGGUACCUUUCUUUGGCAAGGUGCACAUUGGAUAUUUACCGAGGAAGAAAGUGGUUGGCUUAAGCAAACUUGCAAGAAUCGUUGAAAUAUUCAGCCGAAGGCUUCAAGUCCAGGAGCGACUUACCAAGCAGAUUGCCCUGGCAAUUACUGAAGCCCUGAAGCCUGUUGGAGUGGCUGUGGUCAUUGAAGCAUCGCACAUGUGCAUGAUCAUGAGGGGAGUUCAGAAGAUGAGCAGCAAAACCGUCACCAGCGCCAUGCUUGGAGUCCUGCGGGAAGAUCCCAAAACCAGGGAGGAAUUUCUCGCCUUGAUCAAGACUUAAACGACAGCAGCUUGCGGCUCUCUGUGGGUUUGGAUCCCACACUCGAAACCGGUUGCCAAGACGUAAUUGCCUUCUGUGAGCCAGAAUCUGUGCCAUAAAAGAAGAAGAAUAAGAAGAAAAGGUGAAAGCAAAAAAAAAAAAAAGAGAGAGAGAAGAAAAUAAAUAACUGCAUCACAGCUUUGUUCUCGCUUCUGGGUAACACCUUAGAGUGUUGUUAAACAUUAGCUAGGCAGCACAAGCACCGAGCUCCCAUUUCGCAGCAAAGAAAUCGGGUACCCCUGAUAUGGCAGCACCUUGUGCCAAGGGCCUCUUUGCACCUUGCAUCUUCUGCCCCUUUGAGAACAAAGCAAGAGAUCCAUCCUCUCUCGUGAGUUUUCAUGCAUCACAAGAGCCGCUCAUCUAAGCACAUAAAAUGUGAAUGCAAGACAUGCUUAUUUGCAAAGGUGUGUUGUGUAGGUGCACUUAGGAUUGGCUGCAGAUCCCUUUGUCAGCUGUACGCUCAGUGGAAGGUCCAGGUGGAGCCUGUUAUUCUAGUGCAGGUUAGGGGAGCCUCAGGGCUAAAUGUGGGCCCCUAGGUCUCAUAUUUCUGGUUCUAGAAAGCCUGCCAGGCCCCUUCCCCCAGGCCCCACUCCUUACUGGUCCGGCUUUGGGUCUUCCUUAGGUACUUUUGCCUUUGUGGCAUGAGAGCCUCUCUCUCUCUCUCUCUCUCUCUCUCUCUCUCUCUCUCUCUCUCUCU